CAGCAUCAGUGAAGAUUCUUUUUCAACCAGUUGCUUUUCAAACGGGAGACAUUUUGAGCUAAGCAGCUUGCAAGCCGAAAAUGUGUAAAACAAGAAUAUCUAUCGUCCUGGCCUUCGUUGCCAUUGUAGCAGUAAAAGUUGAAGCAGAAUCACUCUCAGCUCAGGACAUAUGCAACCAAAUGCCGGCAGGAAUAUUUAUUUUACGUCCAAAUACUUGCGAUAAUUGGGUACAAUGCCCAUCUGCGCUCAACGCUCAGGACUAUGAUGAAGGCUUCUGCGCCCAUGGUUUAUAUUUCAACAAAGAUAAGAGUCGUUGUGAAUCUAGUGAAGAUGUUAUGUGUCCCUUUAAAAAUAAUCAAAAGUCCUCGAGUAAUCAGUGUGCUUCGAAAAAAGAUGGUUCAUUUUUGGCAGAUCCAGAGAAAUGCAAUGGCUACAUCUUCUGUAUGGACGGUGAGGGCACGCAUUCGGAAUGUCCUAAAGAAUUAGUCUUCCAUCCAAAGAAGGGCUCAUGCGUUUAUCCCAGCGAAUAUAAAUGUCCGAAGAAGUCUGAAAACUUAUUUACCAGCCCGAUUUGUAAUUCGGUACCUAAUGGCACUGUGUUUGCUGACAUUACUGAUUGCACAAAAUAUCAACAAUGCGCAAAGGGUGGUAAGCUGAUAUCUUUGCAGUGUGGCGACGGUUACGCCUUCAACCAUACAACAUUGGGUUGUGUAACCCGUAAGAGUGCUGUAUGCCAUCCUUUAGCACCAGAGCUCGAACCUGAAAUUGAGAUUUGCGGUGUUGACGGCUCCGUACGUGAGGGUUAUAUUGCUGAUGAGCAAUCGUGCAGUGGAUAUUAUAUAUGUGCCAAGCAAAAGGAUGGCAAGCCUGAUCGCAAGCCGAUGCAUUUAAAAUGUCAAAAUGGUUACUUUUUCGACAGCUCGACUUGGUCCUGCCGCGAUCGACUUAAUGUAAAGUGCUCUUUAGACCGUUGCGAAGGAAUGGAUAGCAAAUAUGUAAAUGUGGCUGGGGAUUGUUCAGCUUAUGCUCGUUGCAAGAAUGGUGUUACAAUUACGAGCGGUAAAUGUGAUGCAAAUUAUUUCUUCGAUGAGCGCACCCAAGGAUGCACACCACACAACAUUAGCUAUAUAGCUUGUUCAGCCUAAGUCGGAUUCAAAUUUUAUUAAUUACUUAUUUCCUACAUGUUUCCCGCAAAGUCGAUACUCUAUGUAAAAUCAUUGUAAGCCUUGUAAUAGUAAUCGUAAAAAAUAUGGAUGUAUU